AUGGAUUCUAGCAUCCCUUCCGGGUCAGGAAGUCCGGCAAUCGCCCCACGUUCACAUUCUCCUUCUUCUUACAGACGUCGUGGUGAAGGCAUCGUCACAUUCUCCGGGGAUCAUACGCAGAAUCCAAGGGUCGGAGCAGCUGUAUCCAAGAUUGAAGACAUCCUUGAGGCAGUUGUCGAUGCUCUCAAGGAGAAUCGUCUUCUGGUCAUCCCUCUCCGGAACCGCCAGACAGGCAAUAUCGCCUCGGUCAGGUUUCCGUCGGCCAGGGGCGGAAAGAGAUUCAGUAGGUUCAUCGUGGCAUGCGCGACCACGGGCUUUUACUUGUCUCCCGUUUACUCAUAUCGUCUGUUCUACUGUCUAGCCUGUCUCCUUCAAAUCCUCCAUCUGUCACAUGAGGCGCUUGUCUCUGGCACUAUCAUCACGAAGAGAAGCAUUUACUACCAAAACCCCGAACUGUUCGGUACUCAGCACUACGUCGACGCACUCGUUGACGAUAUCGCGUAUACAUUCGGGCUUGGAAGAGAUGCGCUGAACGUGGUCGCAGCAUGUAAAGGGCUUGUUGCGGGCAAGAUCACUAUCAGUAUACGCAACGGCACCGUUCAUGAUUGCAGUCACAACCACCAUGGCAUUCUCAUUCCUGAUAUCAGAGCCGUGGGAGAGAUCGACGCUACCUUUCGCGGGUUGGCUGCAUCCCAGUACUUUGCCACUUCAUCUGCUGGCCCUGGUAUCCUCGUUACAGCCAAAGGCUAUCCCGAUCUAGCGACGCGGCGGUUCCUCCACGUCGUUCAUUCGGCAUUUCCUCAUCUCCCUGCAUAUGCACUGGUCGAUUUUGACCCGCAUGGCAUCGCCAUUAUGCGCACUUAUAAGCAUGGAAGUCUUAGCCUAGCUCACGAGGUCGCCGUCGACGUUCCGGGGCUUUCCUGGUUAGGCCCUAAGAGUCACGACAUCAUGGGCAGAGCCACACGAUACGAGACACCACCUUCAUCUCAGGCCAGUCAGGCGUCGUAUCAUCCACCCCAGUAUGACCUGGGAUCUUCGUCCCGGCAGUGGGAUGAGCCGUCUCGCGGGACAGGGCCCAUCCACGCCAUCAAAAGCACGUCAUCACUCAGUGCCUCUGACCGCAAGAAGGCCGUCAGCCAACUGAAUCAGAUAGCAGGGGAUCAGACUGGGGAUGCCUACGAUACGGAACUUGCACGCGAGCUGCAGGUCAUGCUUGUGCUCAAUAUCAAAGCCGAGAUACAAGCGGUAGAUGAUGCCGGCGACCUGACAGGUUGGUUGGACGAAAAGCUAUCCGACGAGUUCGCCUGGUUGUGA